AUGCAUACUCUAUCCCUCCUCCUCGCCGCAACAGCAGCAGCAGCAUCAACAAAGACCCUCUACGCAACACACUACAAUGGUACCGUGUACACCCUCUCGCUCAAUCUCGACGACAAGAACCCCGACCAUGCGCUCAGCAUAUCCUCCGGAAAGGAUACAUGCGGUGAAAUGCCCAGUUGGCUCACUGUUGACCGCUCAACCGGUGUGCUCUACUGCUCCGACGAGAGCGGGAACUUGACGGUUCCGGGCUCACUUACCGCAUUGUCCACUGCAUCGCAAGGCACAGUGGAAGAAAUAGUAGAAGUAGAGGACGUCGGCGCGGGCGUGAACAGUGUUUUUUACGGUGGUGAGAGCGGCGCCGCGUAUCUCGCUGUUGCGCAUUACGGCGCAUCCUCCCUGACAACCUUCCCCCUCCCCCUAACCCCCAACACAACCCCCCUCCAAACCCUCUCCUACAACCUAACCAACCGCCCCGCGCCCAAACCCCAACAAGACGCCUCCCACCCGCACCAAGUGCUCCUCGACCCAACCGGGAAGUACCUGAUCUCCCCAGAUCUGGGCAUGGAUCUUAUCCACGUGUACGCCGUGGAUGCGUCGUCCGGGUGGCUGGCCGAGUGCAAGGGCGUGGAGUUUCCCGCGGGGAGUGGACCGAGACACGGCUUCUUUACUUCGGAGGGCGAGCAGACGAGGCUGUACACGGUUAGCGAGUUAGGUGGCGAACUUACCGUUUUCCACGUGAGCUAUCCGGCGUAUGGGUGUCCGGCUUUUCACAAGGUUCAGUCGACGAUUCCUUAUCCGAAUGGUAUGCUGCCUUCUGGCGCGACGCCGGCUGGGAUACAGAUCAGGGGGAAGGAUGUCUACGUCUCGCUGCGCAGUGACCAGUCGUACCCGGGUAUUGAAUCCGAUUCUAUCGCUACUUCGUUCAUCAACGAUGACGGCACAGCGACGUUUCACAGUCUGACUCCUUCGUAUGGUAAGGUACCAAGGACGUUGGUUGUUAAUGACGCCGGAGACCUCGUGGCGAUUGGAAACCAGGCGAGCGCUAGUGUGGUUGUUGUGAGGAGGUUGGAAACUGGGGAAUUGGGAGAGGUUGUUGGACGGGUGCUUGUUGGGGAGACGGGGACUGUUGGGACUGCGGAGGGGUUAAGCAGUGUUGUUUGGGGGUGA